UAUGAUACGCACGAUCAAUAAUUCGCACAAAUUUGUAAUUCGUGCAAUAGCAUGCGAUAGCGAGCAAGUGAAUGGGUGAACGGCGAUAGUUCGACGAAUUCGAUGUCGAUCUCGCAGUAACAGCCGAUCCGUGAUCCAUGUAUCAGUAGAAUCAGUACUAUCAAUCGCAAGCGAGAGGUGAUUAAUAUACACGCGCACACACGGAAAGGCCGGUCGGAGCAAAAAAUCAUUGACAGAAAAAGACAAGUAGUAGAGAAAUGAGAUGUCCAAACGCGAACGAAAGUAAGUAGGCGUUUCUCCGACAUUCUGGUUUUCACCUGGGCGUUGUCUCCGUCGAGACCGUUGUAUUUCACUCUUGCUUUCCACGAUGGACGAUAACAGCGCGACGAGGUUAGCUGCGGAUAGCUACGAAAUGGUUAAGGCCUUGUACGACUUCAAGGCCACAUUUGCCAAGACUCUCAGCUUCCGGGAAGGUGAAUAUUUCAUUCUGCUGCAGCGUAAUGUUAAGCAGAAAAACUGGUGGCAAGUUGUAAACAGAGGAGGACGUCUGGGCUAUAUACCCUCCAAUUAUGUUGCCUCUGUGAAGGCGCAGCCCCAGUUCCUGAUUGAUUUUUUGGAAGAUUGUAUACUGACUUUAGAAACGGAAAUUAAGAAGGAUAGCGAGUCAGUGCAGCCUGACAAGCAAGAUCUCUUAGUGAAGCUAACAGAAAGGAAGAAACAAAUCGAACUGAGCAAAAAAUCCAAAAGACAAGCGCCUAAACCACCAGAUUUAGAUUGUGGCAUUAUAUCUAAAGAAACACAUUCUGUGAUUGCUUGUGACAAUACAGAAGGAGAUGUUAGAUCAGCGCCAAGCAAUACCUCUUACGCAACUGCACAAACAACUCUCCGCGGUAAUAACACAGAUCAUAUUCCAGCAAUGGCACAAUGUCAACGGCCGAAUGGAGACGAACAACGUGUUCAAUCACUUCCUCGUCAGUCGUCUUCGGACAUUAUUCAAAAAAUCCAGACAUCGGUUACUGAAGUUCGUAAAACCUCCUCGCAAGGUAGCAUACAUAACAUAUGCAGCAGCUCGCCAAAUAAAAGCAAUUCGCCUGCUAAGAACAGCUCGUCAAUAAAGAGCAAUUCUUUACAAGCUAUUAACUCGCGAAGUGCUUACCAAUUGCUCGAUCAAGUACGCAAAAAUACUCAACUUAGUCAUGAAAUGUCGAAAGUAGCAGUCACAGUUGUAGUGUCUAGCCUGCAGCAGUUGCUGCCAGAAACUGUAAGUCAUUAUCUCGAUGCUUUGCUGCAUCAGCUACAAACACCGUUGACUGUAUCAAAAAUGAGUAUAGAAGAAACUUACGACGCUAAUAGGUUGAAAAUUAUUUUUACCGAAUUGACUUCGUGCAAGGAAGAUUCGCAGCAAAGAAGUUGGAUGCUUUAUGAAGAUGAAUCUAUUAUCGUGGAAUAUAUCAAAGAAUUGACUGAAAUAUUGACUAAUGCUGAUGCAAAUGUAUCGAGACAUGUUUUAAGGCAAGAUCGAUACAAUGGCGUAACUAUAUUAAUACAAUAUUAUCAAAUGGAGACGAGAUGGACUAUUAGACAACUGUUGUUGCAAUCAUUUGGCGUUAUGUGCAGUUUAGAUCCAGUGGUACUAACUAUAAUGUUAAAUAGUAUUCUACCAAUGGAAUUAGCAAGAGAUAUGAAAAGUAAUCCCAGGAAUGUAUUAAGAUUAAAUUAUUCUUCGUUAUUGCUUACAAUGAUUUUUUCAAUGGGUGAACCCAUGCCAGUUACUCAUUUAGAACAACUUGGCUCAGAUUUUAUAUCGUUCUUGCUGGACCUAAUAGAAACACCACCUGAUACAGAUCUGGAAGAUCAAAUCCCAGAUUUAUUCAUAAAUUUGAUAUUAUCCUACAAUUUACAAUUUACAACUUCUGAGAAUAUCGUUCUAAAUGCCCUACGUGAGCGAACUAUAGCCAAGACAUUUACUGAAAAAAUUUUAUUUCUUUUUAACAGAGAAGAGGAUCCGGUACGAAUAUUUGAUCACGAGCCACAACCGCCACACUCUGUACUAAAACUUUUUGUCGACUUGUUUAGUAACGAUGCCAUAGCAAGUCUCUUUUACACUAACGACGUAAAAGUUCUUAUCGAUAUCAUACUACGACAACUUUUUGAUAUGUUUCCGGGUGAUAAGCGUAGACAAUAUCUUGAACUUUGCCGCCGAGUUCUACGCACAUCCAAUUAUAAUGAACAUCGUCACCGAUCUGGAGAUUUAUUAAAAUGUUUUACAAGGAUAUUUUGCGAGGAAACGGCAGACAGUCAUGAAGACCAGCAAGUAGUACGCGAAAUUAGCAACGAAUUUCCACAUUUGUUCAGAAUGUGACAUUUAAUUCCCUCGUCUGAUCAAGAUUUGGACGAAGAUGACUUGCAAACUCUUGUUUAAGUAGCUCUGAGAAUUUAUUAACGGUAAGAAGAGAAACAAAUUUUGUUAAUAGUCUUUACGGCUCUGAGAAUUUAUUAACGGUAAGAAGAGAAACAAAUUUUGUUAAUAGCCUUUAUGGUUCUUCUAUAUUUUAUCUAGUAAAAAGAAACGCACAUAUAGCUUAUGAAAUGAUAAUGAUAUGUUUUAUUACUGCCAUAAAAGUCUUCAUUCUGUUGGUGCUACAAAACGUUACUCUUUAUAUAAAUGAACUAUUUAGUAGGAAAGAUAUACAAAAUUAUUAUAUAUGGCGUAAAACGUAUGAAACAUAACAAAGAAAUCCUUUUCAUUCUUAUUGUGAGGACCAUUGAUAUCUAAGCAUUCCAACAUUUAUAUAAUUAAAUUAAAUUACAUUUAAUAUAGUUGGUAAUAAUGUAUAAGUAAAAUAAUUUAUAUAUAGAGGUUAUAUAUAUUGAGAUAAAACUUUAAUAUAAACACAUGCAGCUGGUACAUACAUUUCUGUGUGUAUUGUUAAAAAACGGAGAAAUUAAAUAAAAUUAUUAGUAUUAUUUCUCCAUAAAGUGUAGUCUAGUCCACAUCUAUAUAUGUCAGAAAUGAACAAUAUUCUAAGUCAUAGAAAUUACAUAAAUUCUAGUUUAUAUUUUAUUUUCCAGAGAAGUAUCAAUACUUUCUUCAAAUAUCAUUAUUUUGCAAAUGUUUUUAUCGUAAAAAUAAAAUUUUAGGUAAAAAUUCAUACGGACUUACUUAUAAGACUUACUUAGGUGCCACUUUAAUCAAUAAACUUGCUAGUCUAUGAUUAGUAACUAUAUUUUUUUAAGCAUGUUAUUCUACAUUAUGUUUGCGACUAUCAACAUGUCAAUUAUAAAGGAAUCUCGAAUUUAAUGUGAUUAUAAUUAAAUGUUAAAUAAAUAAAAAGUUUAGCUCACUGUCACAUAAAAUAUUGCUCUUUUUCUUUUUCUCCAUAACUAGCAAUUUAAAAUCUAAUUUUUAAAAAAUCAAUUGUGUUUUGCUACUUUCUUCUUUUGAUGUAAUUUCUUUCAAAUAUCUCUCAUAAUCCUUAAAUAUAGGUGUUAAUAUACAAAAUGGAUUUACAUCUACAUGGCAUCUUCAUCCAUGUAGCAACGCUUUCAUUUAAUCUUUUCAAUUUUGCGUAAUAAUCCGACGAAUGACUCAAUUUAUAAUAUGAUUAUAUCGAUUUUUUUACUUGUGUUUUUGUUAUCUAAUAUGAAAAUUGUU